AUGCCCCAACGUCUCGAGAGGCCCCACAGUCUCGCGCUCAUCCCAUGUAAGUACUUCAUCAGCCCAGGAGGCCCCUUGUGUGCACCUACACCAACCACCGUGCCACGUGCCCCUCUCCUUCAACAAGGGAUGUGGGCCGGCUUCUCUCUGCCCAACACCACUCUAGUACACCCCACAGCCGCCCAAUGCUGUCCUCGCUCACCUUUGACGCCCCUCAAUGCCCCACACUCCGACCGUGCCAUGUGCCCCUCCCCUUCAACAAGGGAUGUGGGCCAUGUUAUCUAUGUCUGUGGCCGCCCACGUCCCUGCCACUGCUCCCUCACAGGACCCUGCAGCCUCCUGACGUCGCCCUCGCUCGCCUUCGACACCCCACGACACGACCUACCGAUCCCAUGUGCCCCAUCCCUUCCGAAAGGGAUGUAG